AUGAGGAUGUUCGUUGAUACCUUUAGGGAACAUUGGAAGAGGUUUGGAUGUUCUAUCAUGUCAGAUGGUUGUACGGAUGGGAAAAAGAGACAUCUUAUUAACUUUUUGGUGAAUUGUCCUAAAGGUUCAGUAUUUUUGAAGUAUGUGGAUGCCUCAGGUAGAACCAAUGAUGCUGAUUUCAUUCGUAAGCUUGUAAAGGAGGUAAUUGCUGAUGUUGGUGCAGAAAAUGUGGUUCAGUUCAUUACUGAUAAUGGUUCUAACUUCAAAAAGGCGGGGAAGGACUUAAUGCUUGAAUACCCACAUAUAUUUUGGACUCCUUGUGGUGCUCAUUGUGUUCAGUUGAUGCUAGAAGAACUUGGUUCCAAGCUUCCAAGAAUCAAGACAGCCGUCAUACUAGGUAAGAGACUAGUUACAUAUAUUUAUGCUCAUUUUCAAGUAUUGAGCUUAAUGAGGGAGUUGACUGGUGCAGACUUACAUAGGUCUACAAAAACUAGAUUUGCAACUCAAUAUUACACACUAGAGAGUCUUCAAAAGUAUAAAACUCCUCUGCAAAUGGUGUUUGUGAAUGAUAGGUGGGUAAAAACUAGGUUUGCAAGAGAAAAUGUGGGAGUAAAUGCACUUAAAAUUGUUACAAGUAUCAAAUUUUGGGAAGAUGUUGAUUACUCUUGUAGGGUGUUAAAUCCUUUAGUUAAGGUAGUAAGAUUAGUGGAUAUAGAACGCAAACCUACAAUGCCUUCUUUUUAUGAGGCAAUGAGAAUAGCAAGGGAUCAACUUGAGAAGAAUUUGGGUGAAGAUAAUGAUACUUGGGUUAUAAAUAAGGUUGUUUUUGAUAAGAGAUGGAAGAAUAACUUUAAUCAUCCUCUACAUUGUGCGUCUUAUUAUCUAAAUCCUUCCAUAUUCUAUAAGAUUCCAUCUCAUUUGAUGGAUAAUGGUCCAAAGUACAUAGAAAUCAAAAGGGGACUUCAUACAGCUAUGGAAAAGCUUAUAACCAAUGAAGAUGAACUUGAGAUGGCAACAACUGAAUUGAGAAUGUACAGCGAUACUUAUGGAAUCCUAGGAAAUGAUUGGUGGAUUACAUAUGGAGGAAUCGAUGUCCCAAACCUACAAAAAUUUGCAAUCAGGGUAUUGAGUCUUACUUCUUCUGCUUCCCCAUGUGAGCGAAACUGGAGCACAUUUCAAAAUCGUCGUUAUAAAGAAAUUGCAGAAUAUAAUGAUGAUGGGAAAGCUCGUGACCCUAUUUUUCUUGAUGAGCAUGAUGAAAAUGAUGAAUGGUUGGAUCCACAGAACUUACAUGACUUGGCUGUAGAAGGUGAUAACGUAACUUUGGAUGAUUUGCAAGAUAUUCUUGGCGAAGAAAGUCGUCCAGUUGAUAGUAGAGGUGCAUGUAGCUCUCGAAGCAAGUCUACUUACCCAACCGAUUCUGAAUAUGAUGGCUAUGAUACUGAUCAAUUGAUGUUAGACACUGAUAAUGGACUACUUGAUGGAGCUAAUGGAUCUACUGAAGAUGAUGAUAUCUAUUAUUUAGAAUAA